AUGAACCUGUCAGAGUUUAAUCAGUCUGAUCGCUGUGAGCAUUUCUCCUGUCCAGAGAGAUCUGUAUCUCCUGCUGUUUAUAUCUUACUGUAUGUGUGUUCAGCUGCUGUGGUUGUGCUAACAGUGUGUGGAAAUCUGCUCGUCAUCAUCUCUGUUUUUCACUUUAAACAGCUUCACACACCGACUAACAUGCUUGUGCUCUCUCUGGCUGUGUCAGAUUACCUUGCUGGCUUUUUUGUAAUGCCGCCAAUGUUAAUCUGGACUAUUGAAUCAUGCUGGAUUUUUGGGAAAGUUUUUUGCCUCAUAUACUGGCUGAUUAGUUGUUUCCUUACGAUAUCCAUCUAUACUGUUGCACAUAUUGCUGUGGAUCGAUAUUUCGCUCUCUCCAAUCCCUUUCUUUACAUGAACUUUGUGUCCGUAAAAAACACUCGUGUUGUAAUAGUUUUUGACUGGUGUGUAGUCAUGGGCUUUAGCCUAGCUGUUCUUUAUUUUAACGGAAAUAAUCAAAAUUCAGUAAUGUGUUCUGGAGAGUGUUUUCUCCCUCUAAGUGAGGUUUGGACUGUAAUUGAUCUUGUUGUAUCAUUUAUAUUUCCACUUUCUAUCAUAAUCAUAUUGUAUACUCGAGUUUUUGUGAUUGUUAGGAAACAUGCCACUGCUAUCAGAGAGCUUAAUAAUCACACACGACCUAAAACACAGAAAAUCACCUUACAGUUAAUGAAAUCUGAGAGAAAAGCAGCUAAAGUCCUUGGAAUUUUGGUUUUUGUAUUUAUAAUGUGUUUACUCCCAUAUUUCCUUUACAGUUUUUUAGGGAAUGUCAUUGAACUACAGACAGAAACCUUUCAGAAAUUUUCGGUCUUGUUUUGUCUUAACUCCACCAUUAAUCCGGUUAUUUAUGCUCUGUUUUACCCGUGGUUUAGGAAAUGCAUGAAAUUAAUUGUAACACUGAAAAUAUUCAAAACAGACUCUGCGUUAAUUAAUGUGCUUUAUUAA